CUGGAGUGACCUCCAAGAACCUGUUAGCAUUUAGAUCAUUUUACAGGUUCGCGAGUCUACUGUAAAAUAGCGUGAUUGUAUUUAUUUUUCUGCUUCUUCGAGUCUUUACUGAACCAAACAAUCCUGUGAUCGUGUGUGAUGAUUCCUCCAGUGCGCAUGCGCGCCGCCCUCCUGUCUGUCCGCGCGCGGAGCGGAGACGCGACCCACGUUUAUUCCUCAAAACUUUGCUAUUAUUCGGGUUUAAGGACGCUCGUGAAGGGAAAAUACUGACUGACGGGCGGCUAAGUGGAUUGAGACGGUCCGUCGAGAGAAAGAAGAAGAGAAGUGAGUGAGAGAGAGAGAGAGAGAGGGAGAACGGGGACAAAUAAUCCGGCUAAUCCAGGCCAAUCCCAGCCGUUCAGACUCCUCUAGAGCCGCAGACAAAACACGGAGGAUCACGCUCGCGUCUGGUGUGCUCUGGACAGGCUGUUUUGGGGGAUCCUGGGAUGCUGAAGGCCUGCGGCGGGAUUCAUAAACGCUAGAAACAACAGAUCCCAGCAGGACAGAGCUGAAGGAAAAGGACGAUGCUGGUUGCCACUCAUCUGACAAAACAGGAGAAACGGCACCCGGCUUCGGUGCGGACAUGAACUCAGACGCGGUUCUAAAGGAGAUCUAAAAGAGGAGAUGUCUGGAACAGAUGUUCGGAAGACGUUCCGCUUCGUGUAAAUCUGAGCAAGUCUCUAAAACCGCGUUAGCAGUGGUUUAGCGGACCUUUUGAAAGGAUGGCGACGUGUUAGACACCGAAUCGUGUUUUUCCGGCUAUAGGAGAGCGUGCGAGCUUUCUGUGACCACUCGAAGGUGUUUAAAUUCUUCGUAAAUCCUAUUAGGCUUCUUUAACAGGUUAUUUUUAAACCCGAGAUGGGCAGCGGCUCACAGACCGAUGGAGCUGAUACCGGCGUGUGAACACGUAAAAACACUCGCGUACUCGUAGCAAGUAGAUUCGAUCUGAGAGUUUGUCAUAACGAUGCUCUUUAAAACAGUCUUCGGUGCCAUUCUUGCUUUGAGAGCUUUUGUGUUUUUGCUGCUCAUCCACAGAGGAACCCUCAAGUAAUUGGUCAAGUAAUUAUUUUCCAAUUUAGCAUUUAGCGUUUGACAUCUGAGGAGCCCAUCAAGUCGAACUUGGUCAUUUAAAACACGUUUCUCGUCAUGAGUCUGGGAAAGUUGCCGGCGAUCAAAGGCCUGGUGUCCACGUCCCACGGCAAGCGGCGGUUUAAGAGCGACCUGUCGGUGGACAUGAUCAGUCCGCCGCUCGGCGACUUCCGCCACACGAUGCACGUGGGCCGCGGCGGGGACGUCUUCGGCGACACUUCGUUUCUGAGCAACUACGGCGGAUCGAGUCACAGCGAUGGCCUGCGGAGCCCGGACUCGCCCUCCGGCCCCAAACCGUCGCGGUUUUUGUCGAGAACGCUGCAGCACGUGCGGAAGACGCCUCUGCCGCGGCUCAGAGGCGGCUCGCGGGACUUCUCGUCCCCUCCGCCACACGUCUCGCCCAUCAUUAAAAACGCCAUCUCUCUGCCUCAGCUCAACAUGACCGGCGGCCUGAUGAGGGCGCUGCUGCCCACCUCCACCAGCUCCCCGGACGAGCCCCUCUGCUCCUACGCUCUUCAGUCUGGUUUCAUCACGCUGCCUCGUUUAUCUCGACUCGACCCGAGCUUGGAGGAGACGUCCGAGGCGCUCAGUCGACGGAGCUCCUUCCCCGAGAACAGCGAGGUCUCGUUGGCGCGGUCCGACUCGCUCUCGUCCUUCACGGUGGACCUCGGGCCCUCCCUCAUGAGCGAGGUUCUGGAGAUGAUCGACAGCUCCUGCGGCCUCACCGGGAGCCGCGAGGGCGAGGAGGAGGAGAGCGAGGCAGAUCAGACGGAGGCUCCGGUCAGGCGUCCCAUCGGAGCGGACGCGGCCAUCGAGCCCAGGAGGUUCCGGCAGGCCGCUAGCAUGCUGGCGCGUCACUUUGGAGGAGGAAGAUCUGAAGAAGAGCGCCAGAGACCUUCAUCCUUUAGACACAGCAGGACACCGUACAGCUUCACCGAGGCGGAGGAAGAAAUCAAAGUAUGAAUCAGAAACUACGCAUACGGAUUAUACUAAAAAAAACUAGCUUGAUUUCAAAGACAAUUUAGUUUUUAAUAUGACCUUUAUUUAAUAAAAUGAGUUUUGGACAUAUGAAUCUGUAAACGAGCAUCAUUCAGACGAACAGAUCUUUAGCUCUACUUUUCAGUCAAGUAUUUUCAACGAAUCUGUCCUGUACGUGUUUUACAUUUAUAUUUUUAUGUGCAUAUGCAUUUACAAAACCAAAAGCGCAACACAAAUCGACAGUAGAUCUACAAAAAAUCCUUUAUAUAUUUUAACAGCAUGAUUUGUCAAGUUUUAAACUUGGUACUGACAGAAAUAUGUAUUUAUAAGUUGAAACAAUUAAUGUUA